AUGCCGCCAGUAACGCGCACGUCUACGAGGUCGGCCUUCCCUGGCGUGAGACACACGCUGACCAAGCCCCUGACCCUCCUCCGUUUGCUGCAGCUGCUGGCCACCUGCGCGUCCUUCUCCCUGGUGGCCAGCGUGGGUGCCUACUCGGGACCCAUGGGCUACUGGGCCAUGUUCACGUGGUGCUUCUGCUUCGCUGUAACCCUCAUCAUCAUCGCAGUGGAACUCUGCGAGUUCGAGCACCUCUUCCCCCUCUCCUGGACCAGCUUUCCCAUCACCUACGCCUGCUACGCAGCCCUCUUCUGCCUGUCCACCUCCAUCAUCUACCCCACCACCUACGUCCAGCACCUGUCCCGCGGCCAAGUCCGGGACCAGGCCAUUGCCGCCUGCGUCUGCUCCAUCGUGGCCUUCCUGGCCUACGCCUACGAGGUGUCCUGGACCCGGGCCCGGCCGGGCGAGGUCACGGUCUACAUGGCCACCGUGUCAGGCCUGCUCAAGGUGGUGGAGACCUUCGUGGCCUGCGUCAUCUUCGCCUUCCUCAGCGAGACCACGCUCUACACCCGACACGCGACCCUGGAGUGGUGCGUGGCCGUCUACGCCAUGUGCUUCAUCCUGUCAGCCGUGGCCAUCAUCUUGAACCUCUGCGAUUGCACCAACGAGCUGCCCAUCCCCUUCCCCAGCUUCCUCUCCGCCCUGGCCCUGAUCUCGGUCCUCUUCUACAUCUCCGCCAUGGUCCUCUGGCCGCUCUACCAGUUCGACUCGCGCUUCGGCGGCCAAGCCCAGCGCUCCCGGGACAUCAGCUGCCGCGGCGCGGUCGGCCAGUCCAUCUGCAUCUGGGACCGCAGGAUGGCCAUCACCAUCCUCACCGCCAUCAACCUGUUGACCUACUUGACCGACCUGGUCUACUCCAGCCGCCUGAGCUUCUUCAGCUGA